AUGAACCAAUAUUACAUUCUAGUCAAAAUAGGAGAAGGUACUUUCUCAGAAGUCUUGAAAGCUAAAUCAAUGAUAACCGGGUAAGUAGUUGCUAUUAAAUGCAUGAAGAAUAGAUUUGAUAGUGUGGAUUAAGUGAAGAACCUCAAAGAAAUCUAAGCCUUACAUUAACUGUAAUAACAUCCAAAUAUUGUGAAAUUGCAUGAAGUUCUCUAUGACGAACCUAGUGGAAGAUUGGCUUUGGUAUGUGAAUUAAUGGAAAUGAAUCUUUAUGACUGCAUAAAGAAUAGAAAUUCAUAUAUGAGCAUGGCCAAAGUCAAAAAAUAUAUGCAUCAAGUAUUAAAAGCCUUGGAUUACAUGCACAAACGCAAUUUCUUUCAUAGAGAUAUUAAACCUGAAAAUAUUCUGAUCAAAAAUGACAAUGUUAAAGUAGCAGACUUGGGAAGUUGCAAAGGGAUACAUUCGACUCAUCCAUAUACUGAAUACAUCAGCACAAGAUGGUACAGAGCACCUGAAUGUCUAAUGACAGAUGGUUACUACGAUCAAAAAAUGGAUAUUUGGGGAGUUGGGUGUGUGAUGUUUGAAAUUAUUGCACUGUUACCUCUAUUUCAAGGUGAAAAUGAAUUAGAUCAAAUUAACAAAAUCUUCAAAAUCUUAGGCACUCCUGAACCUGAACUCUUGAACAGAUUCAAAUCUCAAGCUUCUCAUAUGGAAUUUAAUUUUAAACCCUAAAAAGGAAUCGGACUGGAAAGAUUAGUAUCUCCACAUGCUGGACCUGAUUGCAUAGACUUACUUUAUAAAUUAUUGUAACUUGAUCCAACUAAGAGAAUCACUGCGGAGGAGGCACUCAGACAUGAAUUCUUUGAAGAAUUUUGGGAUGCUCCGAUGUCUCAGUCCAGUGAUAGUACUCAAUUUGGUAAGGCAAUCACAAUUACAAAACCAAAAACCAGAUUAAAUAAGGGUAUUUAUCCCGGCACAAUAAAGUUGGAAGUAAAGUUGGAAGGCAAAUUGAAUUAAUCUGAUGAUGAGAAUGAGAAAGUAAGAGACGGAAGCUUGCACUCCAGAUUACCUCCUAUCAUUAAACCUCACGUGAAACCUAAAGUCAAAAAUCCUUAUGUUAAGAAAAAACUUUAUGACGAUUAUAUUAUAGUUGGUAAAAAAGCUUUUAAUUGA